UCUCUUGGGCCGGAAGACUGCAUCGACUUCUACGAAAAUCCAUAUACAGCGCUGGGAAAGCUACAAGAUGCUGGCAAGAGAAAAGAACAACUCGAAUCACCAGUGUCGACAGAGAAGCCGGCCGAUAAUAGAAUCAGUGACAUCAGUAACAUCAGUGACACCAACGACAUCAAUGGCAUCGACUGGCACGAAUACGAUCCACCUACAGCACUUAGAAAGACGCCCAACGUGACGUCCCAGAUCCUCCUAGACAUUAUCGUCACCUCGAUUGAAAACGUCAAAGCACGAGUCAGCGAAGAGCAACGUCUGAAGAAAGAGGCCGCAGAGGAGGCUGCUCGUCGGACAGCGGAAGAGAAACAAAAGGCGAAGGGAAAGGAGCCUUAUUUGCCCAUCCUCAUUCCGUCCGAGGAAUCCCCAGCCGAACCAUUAAAUACUAGUGUCAAAUAUUCUAAGGAUUUGGUCAUGUCCGGGGCGGUGCCAGAUUUCAUUCUCUUGGGCCCCCCGGGAGUCCCAGCCAAAGAAGAGAAGCGUCGAAAGUUUGCUCUACGCAAUCUAUUCCAGCGCAGUCCAGAAGGCGGGGAAAGCAGCGCAGCUGGACGGGCUCGUGAAGCUCUUCAACACAAACUACAGUCUAAGAUUAUGUCUUUUUGUUUCUUGUUUGGUUUCUUGUUUGGUUUCUUCGAGCUAAUCGCCCCUCUUUCUCUUUCUAGUGAAUGCGUUUCAUGCCUCGACGACGUCCCCGUGAAAGAUACAAUCAAGGUUCCAUGCCACAGCUACUGCCGCGACUGCUUUGUUCGUCUAAUAACAGCAGCAGUUCAAAACGAACAGCAGUGGCCGCCUAAAUGCUGCCUAAAUCAGAUCCCCUUCAAGACUGUUCUAAAAAAUAUUCCCGACGACCUUAAGAAGACGUUCCAUGAAAGGUCAUCGGAGUGGGAAAUCCCUGUCAGCGAGCGAGUAUACUGUCAUGUUCCUGACUGUGGCGUUUGGAUCAAGCCUGGCAAGAUUAGUCUCGCCCGGCGUCAAGCCCGCUGUGAACGCAAUCACAUCACUUGCACCAUCUGCCGAGGCCAAGCACACGGAAACGACGACUGUCCCCAGGAUCAAGAUUUGAACUUGACCAACCUGCUAGCAGAGGAAGAAGGCUGGAAGCAUUGCUAUUCUUGUCAUGCAUUGGUGGAACACAAAGAAGCCUGCCAACAUAUGACGUGCAGAUGCGGUGCUCAGUUCUGUUACGUCUGCGGGCUACGUUGGAGAACCUGCGGGUGUACAAUGGAACAGCUACGUGCUGUCAAAGAGGCGGCCGAAACUCGCAGGGGCCAGAGGCUGAUUAACGAAAGAGCUGAAGCAGAGGAGCUGCGCGAGAUUCUCGCCCAGAUUGAGGAGUUUGAGCGCCAAGAAGCUUGGAGACUCGAGAUAGAAAGGCUUGAGCAAGAAAGGCUUGAGCUGGAACGAUGGCAAGCCGAAGUCGAGGAAAGGCUUAAAAUGGAACAGAUCCGCCGCCAAGAGGUUGAGAUCAAGUACCAGCAACUGCGCGAGAUGCUGGAUGAGCUUCAUGAGCUUCAACAGGUCAUGGCUGAAUCGAAGCAAGACGAUAAUACCAGAGACCUUGCCUCCGAAGCUGAAUUAGCAAAGAAACAACUCUUGGAGAGGCAAAAGGCUGAGCGUGAUAAUCUUGACUCGCUGAUGUUGAUCAAACUCAGAGCCAGGGAAGAUAAAUACACCAAGGAAUAUGCUGCUCGAGCGGCUCUAGAGCAUCAAUUGGAGGAGGAUUAUCUGGCACAGCUUCGUGACUUUUGGGCCGAUAAAGUCGACGGGGAUGAACAAGUUGAAGCAAGCAUGCUGCCCUUGCGCCAGCGGAUGGAUCAGGCAUACCGGGCGUGGCAGAGGUGGAAGGACGAUCAAAUGCACCAUUUUCAGACCAAGCUCGAGGACGAGCGGACUGUGAAGGAGGAGCUCAUGUAUAGCGCGAGGAAGAGAAUGGACGCAUCGUAUGUGGACAAGGAGACGGAGUUGAUGAAGCGAAUGGUGGCGGAAAAGAAGUGGAUUCAAGAGGUGAUUUUAGAGCGUGAGCGAUUGCUGGUCGGAAUGGAGCUUCGGGAGACUGAAGACGACGCGGACAGCUUGUUCGCCGCUGAGACCAAUGAG